AUGGGUCGAAGGCGCAGCGACAUCGAGGAGGAUGGCUACGUCUGGCACAAGUACGGCGCCAAGAACGUGCGCGGCCGGAAGGUGGGAUACUUUAAGUGCGCGCAUCGCGGUUGCGAAGCGCGUAAGAAGGUGUGGAGGCAGGCGAACGGUGACGAGGCGGUGGAGCGCGAGGGCACGCACACGCACGCCGCCGGGGAAGCCGCGCGUGUCUCCGAAGUGGUGGACGAGAUAUCGACGGACAACGCCGAUGCCGUUCCGAUGCCGGUGAACCGCGCCGCGAGUGGGGGAAGCGCCGGGGGUGGUUGGGGAGGUGCGGAUGUGCCCCCCGGGACGUCCGGAAUCUUCGGGGGAUUCGGGCUCGGGCUGCCGCGGGAGCUCGUGAGGGCCGCUGCUGAUGUCAGCACCGAGAGACAGGAGGCGAGGGCGGCGAAAUCGAGACCAACAAAUGUGCCGAAGGCGACGCGUGAUGAACCUUUCGAGCAGGACUUACGUCACGAACGUCUAAUUCAACUCGUCCAGGACCUGGCGAAUAAGUCGAGGCAAAAGAUGACGACGGUGGUCGCUCUCAAAGAAGACAGCGAAACGUGCAUCGAAACGUGCAUCGAAAACACGCAAGAAGCACUCCGACGCUUGCCAAAAUUGCCCGCCGAGAUGGAGACCAUGACGGGUACGGAGUUACGAACGUGGAUCGAAACCUUGCAAGAAUCCUUGCAAGAACCAUUCCGACGCUUGCAAGAGACACUUCGACGACAUCUCGAAUCGCUCGCCGCGUUGGAUGACGUGAUGACGAGAGACGGGCCUUUCGGUGACUCGUAA